UGGGUAUUAGAAAAACUAGUCAUUCCUAUUAUAAUGAAAAAAAUAAUCAAACUCGGAUCAUAGAAAAAAACCGGAAUAACGUAUCUAUUCUCGUAUAGUAUUAAAAUAACACCCGCGAAGCUUACAUUUUAAACCAGACGUGUAAGAAACGAACGUGAAUUUUGAUAUUAAUAAUUAUUUAUUUAAAUAAUAUGAUAAUAAUAAAUUAAAUAAUAUAAGUAAUUAUUAUAUAUCACAGUAAAAUGUAACGUAAUUUUUUUUUAACAUUUUAGAAUUGUAGUCCGGCCAAACGUUAAAAAAAAGUUAUAAAAUGUUGUGUUGGAAAUAAAAUAGAAAAUAAUCCCAUUAAAGUUGUGGUAUAUAUUUUAUGCCAGUUUGAACUUUAAGUGUGGUGUAUAUUAAAGACUAAAAUGAAAGACGAUGGAUUGGAAAGAAUUAUGAGGAAGUUGGGAGAAUAUGGCCGGUACCAGAACUACCAGUUCCUGCUUCACGUGCUGUCAGCCGUGCCCACCAGCAUUGCCAUGCUGUCGCUGGUCACCAUCGCUGCUGUUCCUGAACACAGGUGUGCCAUAGAAGGGGUGGACACCCUAAACUACACUGCGUCAUGGAAUUCUUCACUGGUGACAGAAAAUAUACCAACUAAUGAAUAUGGGAAGCUUGAGUCUUGCAAAAUAUUUGGAGCGAACAACACUAUACAAGAAUGCAACUCCUGGGUAUAUGAUACAAAAUAUUACCACUCGUCAAGAGGAAUCGAAUGGGAUUUUGUCUGCAAUCGACGAUGGAUGGGAGCCGCACCGCAAGCCAUCUUCAUGACAGGAGUGGUCCUAGGGUCACUAGUGCUUGGACCCUUAUGCGAUACCUUCGGAAGAAGAACCAUAUUUAUAUGGACAGCCCUAUUUCAACUCAUCACCGGAAUCCUCAGCGCCUUCGCCACAGAAUAUUACACCUUCUUAACGAUCAGGUUUCUUUACGGAAUUUUCGGAAUUAGCCCCUUCAAAGCUGGUUACGUGUUAAUGAUAGAACUGAUUGGACCUCGUAAACGGACUUUUUGUGGUGCGUUAUUCCAAAUUUUAUUUGGUGUAGGAGUAAUGCUUUUAGGAGUUUGGGGAUAUGUAAUCGACAACAGGUUUUAUUUACAAAUCGUUUAUGCUUCGCAUGCAGCGUUGCUUCUCCCACAUUGGUUCCUUAUGGACGAAUCUCCAAGAUGGCUGUGGGGGAAAGGCAGAGUUCGUGAAGCUGUCGCUAUAGUUGAUAAAGGACUAAGAAUAAACCGAUCGAAGGAAACAGUUGACACUCCACUUAUAGUUUCACAUUAUAAAACAUUAUGUGACCCUUGCGUAAAGAGUUCUACUACUGGAAUACUGGACCUAUUCAGAACUCCAAACAUGGCCAGGAAAUCUGUAAUAAUAUGUGGUUGCUGGUUAGCAGUAUACGUCGUCUAUUACGGUCUUGCUAUCAACACUGGAAAGCUCAAUGGGAAUCCUUUUAUAAUCCUUUUCUUAAGUGGUUUCGUAGAAUUACCUGGGUAUAUUAUAGGCAUGUAUUUAGUGAGCAUAAUUGGCCACCGGGCGACUUUGAGCUCUACGAUGUUAUUAAGCGGAGUCGCUUGUUUAGUGAUAGUACUUCUACCUCAAGCUUCGACCAUGACCACAGUUGCAGCUAUGAUAGGCAAGUUUAUAGCUUCAGGGUCGUUCGCUAUUAUUUAUAAGUAUUCAGCUGAAUUGUUCCCAACAGUAGUACGUAGUUCUGGUGUCGGUUUUGGCACAAUGUGUGGGAGUAUAUCAGCUGCGCUCACUCCUCUUAUUACGCUGCUGGAUACUUUCAAACCAGAAAUUCCAACCAUCAUAUUUGGUUUAUCCGGACUUGUUUUUGGGUUAUGCUGCAUGCUUCUGCCUGAGACUCGUGGUAGAAAACUUCCUCAAACCCUGGAAGAUGGAGAGCUAUUCGGUCUAAAUGAUACCUGCUUCACAAGUUGUCGAAGACGUGGCAGUGAUUAUUCGGAUUCUCCAGAUUUCUUCGAGCCAUUAAAAAUUGAUGGAAAGAAAUAAGCUCACUAGAACAUCAUAUGAGCCACAUAUUGAUUCCAAAGUGGAAGAUUUGCAGAGUUGAAUGAAAAAGAAGAUGGCUUAUAAAAGAGAACAAAAUGGCAAUGAUGUGAAGAUGGAAAGAGAUGGUUGUAUUUCCUGUAAUAACAGAGUGCUGUCGCAUGUCGUAAAUCAGUGUUUCGAUAUUUCAAGCUCUUUUUAAGUCUCAGAGCCCUAUCUCACAAAGACACCAUGCUCGCGCUACCAGCAGGAAAUUGAUCGGGCUUCAACGGUUUGGUUGCGGCAAGUUGGCCCAACUACGGUGCCCCAGUGAGAUAGGGUCCUUAAUGAAUAUUUGAAUGAGCUGAUCGAUUCUCUUUUAUCACAACCAAUUAACAACAAUUCAAAAGAUACGCUAGAAAUACUUUAUUUCAAAAUAAAUAAAGUAUUAUAUUUUCCUCAAACAACUUCAAUAAAUUCUUUUUGCAUUUUAUUAAUAUUUUUUCAUUUAAUAAAUAUUUUUUAUUACUUAA